AUGUCGAUCUUCAGCCUCCCAAAGGAGCUGCGCCUGCAAAUCUGGUCGCUCGCAUACUUCGCCUCACCGCCUCGGCUCGUGACAUUGCGCACCUCGCCCCACAACGAGCAACACACCGAAUCUACCUUCUGUCCACGAUACUCACCCACGCCAGCGCCAACAGUGUUCAACAUCUGCCGCGAAUCCCGGGCGGAGGCCGAGUACGAGGCGCGACGUCACAGGCACCUGAUUAGCUUACCCUCCCCGCUCGCUUCAGAGCCGCAAGGGUUCUAUUUUCGGCUCGACACGGAUGUCUUGUUCAUCGAUCUCGAGGCGGGGAACAAGCACUUCGACGACUCGCCUGAUGCCGGGCUGCUGGCCCAUUUCCUGGAAGCGGGAGGGUGUGAUGCGGAUGCGCUGAGGAAGAUUGCGAUUACGCAGAUUGUGCGUGUUGCAUUUGUCGACGGCGCGUUGAGCAAUUGCCUGAGGGAUUUCCCAAACAUCGCGUAUCUGGUCAUGGUGCUUGAUCUGAGAGAUAUGCGCUCGGUGCAGGAGAAGGAGAGGUUUGUACUUGCUGCCAGACGCAUUGUUACGCAGUAUCGGCUCGAUAUGCGGAUCAGGGCGAAGGCCAGGGGGGAGGUGUAUGUGCAUGAUGAAAAGCGACUUGAUCUUGAUUUCGCCCUACGGAAGGAUGGAGAACUUGAGGUUCUGAACAAGAGCGUCUGGGAGGGCUGGGGCGAACUGGAAAGAGGAUGGUGGAAGGAGGAUGUGCCGCAGAGGUACAUCGAUUUCAACUUCUGA